AUGUCCGCCCCCAAGAAAGAAAAGCGCCCUCCCCUCACCCACUUCCUCUGCCUCCCCCUCAUCAACACCACCUCCCUCCCCCAACUCGAAUCCUCCCUCGCCGCAUUCAAAGCCUCCAUCCCAUCACUCCCACCUCCAGACCCCUCCCACCACCACCCCCUCAAACCCCUCCCUCCCCCCCAACCCUUGAUCCCCCCCUCCGCCCACCGCCCCGUGGGUACCCUCCACCUCACCCUAGGUGUCAUGAGCCUGCCCACUCCCGAGCGCUUAACAGAAGCCCUCGACUUCCUACAAACCCUAGAUUUGAUAUCUAUGCUACGAGAUUCAAGCCCCUCCACAAUCUCAACCACGACCCCGAACGAGACCCCAGACCCAACCCCAGAGCCAUUGCUCAUUUCGCUGAAAUCGCUACACGCCCUUCCGCGCGGUAAAGCCGCUACCGUCCUGCACGCUAGUCCCGUCGAUCCUACUUCACGAUUAUAUCCCUUCUGCGUGAAACUUCGAGAUGCGUUCCUCGAAGCGGGGUUCUUGGUGCCCGAGGCAAAGAAGAGGAAGUUGUUGUUGCAUGCGACGGUUGUGAAUACGAUUUAUGUCAAGGGGAGGCCGGGACGGGGUGGUGGUGGUGGCCAUGGGCGGGGACGAGGGGGAAAGGUACCAGCUGGAGGGGGCGGGGGGAAGAGGAAAGAGCAGUAUUCAUUUGAUGCGAGGGGGUUACUUGCGCAGUAUAGGGGGUAUUCUUCUGGGGUGGAGGGGGAGAUUGGGGGGAGUGAUACUGUUGGGGAGGGGGAGACGGGGAGUGAGGAUGGGGAGGGGAGUCAAUUGGGUGAAGGGGAGAAUGAAGAGAAGGCAUUCGUCUGGGCGAGGGAUUUCCCUAUCGAGGCGGUGACUAUUUGUGAGAUGGGGGCGAAGAAAUUGGAGCCGGAUUUGGGAGGAGAAGAUGGGGGAAUGAAUGCACGGUUGGGGGAGAAGUAUCGUGUUGUGGGGGAGAAGAGCUUGCUCUUCUAG